UUUCUCACUCUCUGACUGUUCAUUUUAAAACGCGUCCUCCCCGUUUCCUCUCUCUCCGCCACAGCCGUUUUUGGAGCACUCUCUCUUGCUGGGGAACAUUCUCCCCACCAAUUGUCUCAACUUAAGAGCACCUCCUUCCUUCUUCCCCUCCCUCCCUUUCUUUCUCCCGCUGGCCCUUUCCUCCUCCCCUUUGGUCGUGACGGAGCACACCUGCUUGGUCUUGGCUGCUCGCGCUUUCAUUGCAAUUAUCGCUCGGCCCUCGUCACACAGCGCCGACAUCUCCUGGUGCUUCAGUCUGUAGCCCCAACUGGAUAUUGGGAAGAGGAUCUGACCUCGUCGCUCUCAAACUCCCUCGCUGUCUGUCACGCACUUCUUAAGAGCCCAGCUGCACUGUUAGGUAAAGAGACUGACCUAUCUACUGACCUCUCCUAAUCCUGAGUGACUCCAGAUGCUUGGCACACCUCUCACCUUUACCCUAUUUUGCCCUCUCACCCUGUAAACCCCACACUCCUUAACUCGCCCAAAAGGCUCCUGGAUAGCGGCACCAUGAGGUCUGCCUGUCUCUCCCUGCUCCUGGUCACAGCAUGCUGGUCACUGCCCUUUCAACAGACUGGCUUCAUGGACUUCAUGAUGGAGGACGAUCCAGGCUCUGGUUUGGAGAUAGAUAAACCUGAAGUCUUUAUGCCCCCUACAGUGCCCGAAGGACCCAAGUGCCCGUUCCGCUGCCAGUGCCACCUCCGUGUGACGCAGUGCUCAGACUUGGGGCUAGACAGUGUUCCAAAAGAGCUCGCUGGAGACACCACUCUGCUGGACCUGCAGAACAACAAGAUCACUGAGAUCAAGGAGAAUGACUUCAAGGCUCUGAAGGGACUCCUUACCCUGAUCUUGGUGAACAACCAGAUCACCACCAUACACCCAAAGGCCUUCAUAUCCCUGGGCAAGCUCCAGCGCCUCUACCUCUCCAAGAACCAUCUCAAGGAAAUGCCCUCAAACAUGCCCAAGAACCUGCAGGAGCUGCGCAUCCAUGAGAACCACAUCACUAAGAUUAAGAAGGCCUCCUUCGAGGGAAUGGCCCAGGUCAUCGUCAUGGAGCUAGGUUCCAACCCACUGAAGAGUGCAGGAAUUGAGGCCGGAGCGUUUGGUGACCUGAAGAAGGUCUCCUACAUCCGCAUUGCAGACACUAACCUGACAGAAAUCCCCAAAGGUCUUCCACCCUCCCUCUCUGAGCUCCAUCUGGAUGGCAACAAGAUCACCAAGGUGCAGGCAGACAGCCUGAAGGGCCUCAAAAAUCUGGCUAAGCUAGGUCUGAGUUACAAUGAGAUCAGCCAGGUGGAAAAUGGUUCCCUGGCCAUGGUGCCCAACCUCAGAGAGCUUCACCUGGACAACAAUGCGCUGACCACCGUUCCCCCAGGCCUGGCCGAGCACAAGUAUAUCCAGGUGAUCUACCUCCACAGCAACAAGAUAGGGGUGGUGGGCACUGAGGACUUCUGCCCACCAGGCUACAACACCAAGAAGGCCAUGUACUCCGGCAUCAGCCUGUUCGCCAACCCUGUCCCCUACUGGGAGGUGCAGCCCAUCACCUUCCGUUGUGUGUUUGACCGCUCUGCCAUCCAGCUGGGCAACUACAGAAAGAAGUAGAGAGAAAGUACUCCCCCUGCCCAGAGAGAAAGAGAGAGCGAGAGAGAGAGAUAAGAGUGUGUGUGCAUGUGUGUGUGAACAACAGACCCACCCCACAACACUGAUCUGCAACUUUAUUCCUGUUAUAACCAAAUACACACAAGUCAUUGUCACAAGACCAUAUGGGAACUUUAAUCACAGUUCUAACACUAUUAGUGCAGAAUGUCUUUAUGAGCAACGAACAGUUCCAAAACUCAGGUCCAAUCCUUUUAUAUAUGGCUUACUAAUGACUAAAAACAACUCAUAUCAUUAUAACAUUCAUUGCAGUUCAUGUACAGUUCAUAUUCAAUCACAGGCAAUAUUCGCUGCCGUUAUUCUGUAACAGGCUUUUCAUACAAAAUAAACCAUCCACUCAUGACAUUCAGUAACAAAAUAUAAUGGUAGUUAUCUGUACAGCUCAAUGGAAAUCUGUACAAUGAUUUGAGUCCAUUCCCUUCAGAUAACAUUACAGGAAUGUUGUUUUUUUGUGUGUGAAAGAAACAUUAUGAAAGACGACAAAAGAUUUUCAAUGGUAAAAAAAACAACAAAAAAAAGAACUACGACCACUUUAAAAUAUGAACACGAUUAAUCCCAAAAGAAAAAAGUAACACAUUUGAUCAGUGUAGGCUUUAUGUGAGCCACAAGACUAUGUGCAUCACUCUUUGACAAUAACAGUAGGAAAGCUGACCUGCAGAGCGGGCUGCUAUGGGUUAAUUUGUCUAAAUAACCAUUGGCAUUAACACCAGCUAGUGUACACCCAUUUUCUGGGGUACAUUACCUGUGUGGUAGCUAGCAUUCAAAUUGUACCGUUAUGAUGUCAUACUCUUUCUUUCAUAUUGUAGUCAAUUGAAGUAGAGAAAAAAAUCAAGUGUUUAUUCUGUCAAAUUUGUCAUGUCUCAUGCUUGCUUCAGUGUUGAUUUUAAGCGUUCUUGUUUUUAUAAAAUAAUAGUUUAAAUGGAAGUUUUAAGAUUCAAGAUUGUCUUGUAGAGUUAAGAUUUUUUUUUUUACGAUUAAGAGAUAUUGUUUGUCACAGUCCAUUCCGCCCUCUGUAAUAUCAGCUCAUACAACCAAGGUGAAAAUAGCUCUUAAAUCUGUAGAAUAAACAAUAUAUAUGUUCCCAAACAGAAGCCAUUCACAAAGAUCUAUACGCAUGCUUUUUUUCUUUUGACUUGAAGCAAGGCUUUGGUUUCUGGAAUGCGAUGUUAAUGCGUGUUUUGUAACUCUUUUAUAUUUUUAGUUGCCUUUUUUUUUUUUCUUUCAUUUUUAAAGUCUGAACAGUAUUGGAGGGCGCAGACAGACUGGGACGCCCUCAAUGCCCGUGUUAGUGUGAAUGUUUGUGUGUACAGACGCUGUAUAUAAAUGCUGUGUAAAAAAAGAAAAACUCUCAUUGCUUAAAAGCGCAAGCACUUACAGCAGUUCAGACCUAAUAUAUCAGAAAUAAAAGUGUUCCUCUUUUUAUCGAGCAGGUGCUCCGUCAAAGGUGCCCCAAACCAAAUAAAAACACCAAAUUAAAAAGCA